AUGAUGGUGAUCAGUGAAGAAAUCGAUCCUUACGCGCGAGGAGGAGACACCGAUGAGGACACAGAAGCCGAAAGCAUCGACUACGACCAGCUGAAAAAGCGCAUGUGGAAGGACAGGAUCCUACUACAGAAGAUGAAGGAAAAACGAGACCAAGAUGAGACAGAGCAGCAAGCAAAACAAGAAGCAUCGAUAAAGAAGAAGAUGUCAAGAGCACAAGAUUCAGUGCUCAAGUACAUGGUGAAGAUCAUGGAGGUAUGCAACGCUCAAGGCUUUGUUUAUGGGAUCAUACCAGAAAAAGGGAAACCAGUGUCAGGUUCUUCAGAGAGCCUUAGGGGGUGGUGGAAAGAGCAAAUCCGGUUUGACCAAAAUGCUCCCCAAGCUUUGUCCAAGUACUUACCACUCCUUGAAAAUAGUGACAACAUGGAUCUUUCUUCCUACAUACACCUCCUUCAGGACAUGCAAGAUUCAACUUUAGGCUCUUUGCUUUCUGCUCUCAUGCAACACUGCAUCCCUCCCCAGAGGAGGUUCCCUCUGGAGAGGGGUGUCUCACCCCCUUGGUGGCCCACAGGGAUUGAGAUGUGGUGGGGUGAGCAAGGCCUCCUGGCCCAAGAACAAGGCCCACCUCCUUACAAAAAGCCCCAUGACUUGAAAAAGGCUUGGAAAGUUUCUGUCCUGGCUGCUGUUAUCAAACACAUGUCUCCUGAUUUGGAUAGAUUGAGGAGGUUGGUGACUCAGUCUAAGACGUUGCAAGAUAAGAUGACAGCCAGGGAUAGUGCAACCUGGUCCAGAGUGAUGAACCAAGAAGAGGCUUUGAUGAGACUAACCAACAAGUGCCUAAAGAUAACAGAUGAGGAUGAAAAAAACCAGGAGGAGGGUGAAAGCUCUGGCUCUACUGAUCUUGGUUUAGAUGAUGGAUUGAUUUUGGGAAGCAAACAUGAGAAGAGGCAGUGGGUGUUUGAAUUUGGUGAAGCUUCUGGUGGUGAUAAUAUAUAUGCUUGUCACAACGUAGAGUGUCCACAAAGUGAAUUGACCCUUGGAUUUGUGGAUAGGAACUCGAGGAUAGAUCAUGAAUCACACUGUGAUUACCGCAAUGAUGCACGAUUACUCGCAAAUUUAGAUGAUUGGAUGAAUAUGGAGAUUGUGGGGGAUGAACAAAAUGAUGUAGGUGAGAAUCUGAAUUCUGCGGGAGAGAUUGAUCAAGGUGGGGCAUUAAUUGAAUGCAACACAAGAAACUGGCUGGAUUGCUUUGAGGAUCAUGAAUUGCAAGAGGCUCUGGAAUUGGUCCAACGUAGUGUGGAUUCGACUCAAAAUCCAGCGCAUAGCUCACAAGGCUCAGAGGAAGAACCCUCAAUUUGGGAUUUCGCAUACAAUCCGGUGCAAGAUAACGUGUUCGACACGCAAUAG